GAGACAAUUUUCAUGGGGUUUUUUUUUAAUAUUUAUUUUUUAUAAUGUGCAGACCGCGAUUGCGCGCGGACGCCGCAGUGGGGCGAGCCCGUCCUCAUGCUCACUGGCCGGGAGAGCUUAAUCCGGUUGGUCGGCAAGCGCCGGCGAUUCCUCCCCAGUCGUCAAGCUCUUCUUUCAACCCCACUUCAGACUUCGUUAACACAGUGCAAAGAUGAAAAUGGCGGAAUUGCCUCGACGAGGGGUGCGGAAGGGUCAGCGUCAGAGCAAGGAAGCGACGUCGCCGACGUGUCCGGAAAUUUGGGAAACAAAGAAUGUGCUGUUGGGGUGUCGACUUCUGAUUGGGUGACUUGCCCCGUCUGCGGAAAUGCUGUUCGCGGCGAGGAAUGCACAAUAAAUUCUCAUCUGGAUGCAUGCCUAACUAGAGGAACCAAGCGUAAAAUGACCCAGCUGACCCUCCUUCAGUUAAAUUUCUGUUCAAGAUCAAAAGAUGCAUUACAGUGUUGUGAGUCGAAUAAUUCAGUGACCAACGAGGCAUGGAGGGAGACUGAGAGCAGUGUUGCACCAAAUACUGUUUCUAUGCUGUCCAACAUUAAUGAUGCUGAAGAAAAUUACGACUAUGGUCAUAGCUUAUGCUCAAACUUGGAGACAAGUAGGCACACUCAUGAUGAUAGUUCCACCAGGGACUCGUCUAGUGAUUGCAACAAUUACAAGCUUGACACGCCUUUACUCCAAUCAGAAAAUGGGAAGCCAAUAUUUGACACGGCUGUUACAAUGGGCAAUAUAUCUAGGGCUGUCCUCCAUACUUUCAUAGUUGGUCGUAGAUUUAGUGAAGAAGGGGAAGUUAACCUUGGGGCAAGUGUUUCCCUUCUGAGAGACCCUAAUAAUGUUAAGGAUUCCAAUGCUAUCAAGGUUCUUUCGAUUAAUUCUGGAUGCUGUAAAAUGCUUGGUUUUCUCCCGCGAGAGUUGGCUCAGUAUCUUUCCCCCUUAAUUCAUGAGUAUGGCCUGAGCUUUGAGGGAUGCAUAACUUCUGUUCCUGAAGAUUCUCUUGAUGUGGUCCCUAUUCAGCUUGUGUGUCAAAAAUCAUUAUCUUCUGAGAAAAAUGAAUAUGAUAAUGUUCAGGUUUUUGAGUCCUUAUGGAAAAAUCUUCUUCGUGUUGUUGAAUCUGCAAAGACUUACCCAUCCAACAUGGCCAAAUAUCAAAAGAACUUUUUUCUGCUAGUACAAGAGGUUUUAGCGAGUAACUCACAUAUUUUAACAGAUGAUGAAAAAAUCUUCCUGGAAUCUUUCACUACGCUCUCAGAUGAUAGUCAGAGGCUUUUUGUUCGACUUUAUAUGCGAAAAGGUCCAUGGUUUCGGAUCUCUAAUAUUUCAUAUCAAGAAAUUUUGGAUUCUCAGAAAGCAAUCAAGGAGCUCUUAGCUGCGGGUUAUAUAUCUUCCUUUGAAUCCACUAAUGAGCUGCAUUAUGAUGACAUAAAUGAGGUUUUGAAUGUGCUUACUGUUUCUGAGCUACAGGAGAUUACAUAUACGCUUAAGAAGAAAUGCACUCGUGGUACACGAAAGCGGGAUUUUAUUGCUUCACUUCUUUCUUUGUAUCAAGAUGGAUUAUGUUCACACCUUCCAAGCGUGGUUUUAGAAAAAACUGGAGCCUGCAUUCGAAUUUCUACAACAGCUGAGUCCCUGAUCUGGCGUGCCCAGAGGCUUUUCUUCCUAAAUGGAGAGCAAGAUCUCUCAGCAUUUCUGCUGGUUGAUUUGGGGAUAAUCAAGUAUCCAAACUACAAUUGUAUAAUUACAAAGCAAAUUUUUUGUGCUCGAAGUGACUUGCUUGCGUAUGAAGAGGCCAUUGAAGUUGCACAAAUAAUGGAUCAAUCGCUUGAUGAAGACAAUUUUGAAUUGGUGUUGAGAUGCACUGAGAUUUCUGACUCCUGUAUAUUCAGCUCUUCUGCCAACGCAACUCAGUCUUCGACUUCUAAAUCCUGUACUACUUUUUUUCUGUGCUUUUCCGCUUCAUGGGUCUAUUCAAAAGUGGUUUCUUUAGGAAUUUCCUUUCUCGAACAUGAGCAUAGGUAUCAUGAUGCAAUUUUUUUCUUGAAAAGGCUGCUAAUUAAUUUUACUUGUGAUCGAAGAAGAGGAUAUUGGACCCUGAGGCUGUCAAUUGAUUUGGAGCAUGUGGGAUAUCUAAAUGAGAGUCUUUCAGUUGCUGAAGAUGGAUUAUUAGAUCCAUGGGUUCGUGCUGGUUCAAAGAUAGCAUUACAAAGGCGGGUUCUACGCUUGGGAAAACCACCAAGGCGCUGGAAAAUUCCCAGUUUCUCAGAGUCUGUCAAGAGGAAGAUCACUGAGGUUCACAUUCAAGGGAGGCCUUUAAACUGUAAAACGGGGACGAAGAGCAGGUUUUAUGGUGAAGAUGGGGAACAAUGCGGAGUAGAGCAGCUUGCUCUGCAGUAUUAUGCCAGUGAAGGAGGGGGCUGGCAUGGUGUUCACACGGAGAGUGGCAUUUGGUUGACUAUUUUUGCACUCCUUUUGUGGGAUAUUAUCUUUGCUGAUGUGCCGGAUGUCUUCCGCAACAAGUUUCAGACUGCUCCUUUGGAUCUGGAGACUGAUUGCUUCUAUGUUGUGAGAAAGGACAUCAUAGAAUUGCAGCUACAAAAAAUUCGGAAUGGCAUGGCAGAGGAGAUCCUAAUAAUAUCAUGGGAAUCACAUGUGGGGACCACAUGCAGGGGAGUGAAUUGGGACCGCCAUUCCUUGUCUGAGCUCCGAGCAGCUGUUACAUGCAUUGGGGGCCCUUGUCUGUCAUCAAUAUGCCGGCUUUUGGCUCAAGAUUACAGGAGCUGGUCCAGUGGAAUGCCUGAUUUAUUGCUCUGGCGCUUCCAUGGAGAUUACAGGGGUGAAGCCAAGCUUGUUGAAGUUAAAGGCCCCCGGGAUCGACUCUCUGAACAGCAGCAAGCAUGGCUUCUGCUUCUAAUGGACUCUGGUUUCAGUACAGAGGUUUGCAAAGUGAGCCCAUUGGAGUGUUGACAUGAAGUCAUAUUGCAUUGCUUCGAGAAUUUUUAUUUUUAUAUGCUUGGAAGAAAAUUUCCACAGAAUAAUAGCUUCCAAUGAGGCUGAGGCAGAUGUAAGCUAAGGUUAGAGUUGACUUGGGAAUAAUUUGAUUAACAAUUAGACAAUUGUAAUGAAAUUAUAUAUCUUCUAGCAAAGAACACGGAAAAAUAAAAGGAACUUAUGGAUA